UUCCCUCUGAGUUAAGAGUAUAUAAGGGAGGUGCUGAUCAAGUCCAACCAUAUGCACAAAGGCAACGCAAAGGAACGUCAGAGCACAAAGGAACGUCAGAACACAAGCAAAGACAAUGACCGGACAAGUCCUCCUCCUUGUUCUUCUUCUUCUCAUCCUUCCUCCAAAUGCCUGUCGUAAAUUUACUCCACAAAGUGUCUGUAACCGUGUAUACUCCGUGGCCGAGUUACACCUGCGAUGGCCAAAUGUUGGAAACCUAAACAAAGAUGAUACAGGAAAUCAUGGACACCCCAUGAGCUCCUUUGAUGGUGGGAGAAUGUUAGAUUAUCCACCUGGUGUAGGUUCUUGCGGAGGAAGAUAUCCAAUUUGGAGGAGAGAGACAAGGACCGGAGUUUCAGUUGUAUGUGUUCAAACCGAAACCAGCAACUGUUCCACCACAUUCACAAUUGACUCAUUUAUGUGUGGUAAUGGGAUUGAAUGGUACAGUUUGGAGACCAAUGUUACCGACAGUGUCUUCUGCUUUGCACCUAACUACUGUGGCAGUUCGCCAUGUGCAAAUGGAGGCACAUGUGUAGCAGGCCGUGAUGGUUUCACAUGCCAAUGUAAGGCAGGAUUUACGGGUCCCACUUGUGAUGGGGAUCCUUGUACCGUUUCUACAAUGAUACCACACAUAGAGCUCAGAGGCCCAACAAACAACAAAACUUCUAUGGUACUAGCUACAUUUAAGGCUGGAUGGUACGACUCCUACAAUACCACAAGCAUACUGACCCGACCUGUUACGGGCCCGGCAUGUGGGUUCCCUUUUCCUCUGUGGGUCAAAGAGAUUAGAGGCGACAUGGCAAUGAUAUGUGAAUCCAGGCGAGGCGACGUCUGUUAUGGCGCAUACAUGAAUACACGGACCCAAACAUGCAGUGGCGGUAGACGAGUAUUCAGGUUGCCGAUUCCGAGGAGCCCAUUUUCCUACUGCUAUGAUGUAGACGCAUGUGUCCUGCGUCCCUGUUUGAAUAAAGGGACGUGUGUGCCGGAGGCAGACAGUUACACCUGCAAAUGUAAACCAGACUUUUCGGGAUCUCGAUGUCAAUCAGUAUGCAAACGAAAUAUACUGGACCUUCUCAUCAUAGAGGAUGUUUCUACCUCUAUCAGUCAAAGUGACUAUGAGAAGAUGAAGACCUUUGUGGUAGAUACCAUCAGUAACAUAGACAUAAAUUCAACUAAAACUAACGUGGCUUUCAUGGUUUUCUCGGGAAGAGCGGAAGUCGUGUUCCACUUGAAUAAAUACACCGACAAGGAAAGCGUCAUGGCAGCCAUCCGUUCCCAAACAAACACCGGCGGGAGUACCUUUCUUGGGCAGGCUAUCAAACUAGCGAUGUCUGAAGUCUUUGCAGAAAGCAAUGGGGAUCGAUCUGACAUUCCGAAUAUGGUUCUUCUCUUCACUGACGGGGAAAGUAGCGCUGAUGAAGAUGUGAGAAGCAGGAUUGAUGGGUUGAAAGCCAAGGCGGAAGUAUUUGUGGUGACUGUCACCGCCCACGUGGACAACACUACCGUCGAUGCCGUAGCUUCUUCCCCAGCUAACAGUCACAUUUUCCACAUCGAUGCUCCCGAAACAGCGAGCAGCAUCAAGAACGUCACCGCCGCCAGCGGGGCAUGCACCUAAUGACCUACGAAGAUGAUAUUUAAAGAAUUCUAACUUGUCUAAUAUCAUCAGAAAAUAAAGCAAUGUUAUUAAAGAA